GUUACAUUAUGCCGUAUGUUUACGUGUUGCUAUGUUAUUUGGUUACUAAAUCUGAAUGUCUUUCGCAUGUACGUGUGUCGGUGUGUGUGUUGUGUGUUACUUAAUGGCGGAUGCAAACCCAUCAACUCAACCUCAACUACUGUAGCAGACUGUAGGGUUCCCUUCGUUGUAACCUAUUGACGAACGUUACAAAUAAAUUAAUCGUAGGCUUAUGUUGUAAUGUGUAUCAGCGUGCUGUCAAUGAUAAAAGACAAGAUAUCCCUGAGGAACAAAGUGACAUUAGAUCCCAACUAAAACCGUGUGAUCGUGGCGUGAGGGCUCCGCACAUGCACUUUGCCUCGGGCCCCGGGGGGACUAAGAACGGGCCUGAUAUCGCAGAUACCACUUCUCCUUUCCUCAAGGUCACAGACCCUUUUCCACGAAAGUAGCUGAUCUAUAAAUAGACUGUUCACGUGAUAAAGCUUCAAACUGCAAAAUGGCGAACGGGUGGCGGCUGCUAUUGCUUCUUGCGUGCAUUUCAGCAUUAUGUGAUGUAGUUUUGCUAAAAGGAAUCCUCUAUCCCCUAGAUUCUGAAAGUAGAACGGUCAAAACCUUGGAUGGCAUGUGGAAUUUCAGAGCAGAUGCAUCAUCGUCGCGAAACCAGAGUUUUGUGGAUCAGUGGUGGACAAAACCACUUGAGGCGACAGGACCUGUCCUCACUAUGCCAGUGCCAUCUAGCUACAAUGAUAUUACCACUGACAAAAACCUAAGAGAUUUUGUAGGUUGGGUAUGGUAUGACAGAGAAUUUUUUGUUCCUGCAAACUGGAUCAACCAACGCAUCAUCCUGAGAUUUGGGAGUGCUCAUUAUUAUGCCAUUGUGUGGGUGAAUGGACAGCAAGUUAUGACCCAUGAUGGAGGUCACCUUCCAUUUGAAGGUGCAAUAAAUGCAGUGGUGAACCUGAGUGGACCAAACCGUGUGACUGUGGCUGUAAACAACACUCUGUUGCCAACCACCCUUCCCCCUGGAUCCUUAAGUUUUCAACAUGAUGUUAAAAGGUAUCCUGUAGGCUACUUCACUCAGCAACUGCAGAUUGACUUUUUUAACUAUGCUGGCAUUCAUCGCCAUGUGCAUCUGUACACCACCCCACAGACAUACAUUGAUGACAUUACUAUUGUCACCAGCAUUAGUGGUGGAGAUGGGAUAGUGAAUUAUGAGAUCAUCACUGCUGGAGGUGCACCAGAAGCUGUUCAAGUGUCCAUAGUCAGCAAGGAGGGUCAGACUGUGGUGCAGCUGUACAACCAGCUUCAGGGCACUGUGACCAUUCCUAAUGUCCGUUUGUGGUGGCCCUACACCAGCAUGCCCAGUGAUCCUGGAUACAUGUACACACUAGUGGUCAAUGUCUCUGGGGACAUAUACCGACAACCUUUUGGGGUUCGAACAGUGGCUGUGACUGAUACGCAGCUGCUUAUCAAUGGACGCCCCUUCUAUUGCCUUGGAGUAGGCAAGCAUGAAGAUGCAGAUAUACGUGGCAGGGGGCUAGACUAUGCAUUAAUAGCACGGGACUUCAACAUGAUGAAAUGGCUGGGUGCUAACUGCUUCCGCACAUCUCACUACCCGUAUGCCGAGGAAAUCAUGGACCAGGCUGACCUGCAGGGAAUCGUUGUUAUUGAUGAGUCUCCAGGAGCAGGAAUGUCACAGGUUCAAAAUUUUGGUCCCAUUUCUCUGGCCCAUCACAAAGAUGUCAUGACAGAAUUGAUACAGCGUGACAAAAAUCGGCCAUCGGUCAUCAUUUGGUCAGUAGCAAAUGAACCUGCAUCAAAUCUCUCAGAAGCAGAAGCUUACUUCAGAGAUGUGAUUGCCCAUACAAGAGAUGUGGACAAAGCCAAAAGGCCUGUGACAUUUGUUACAGAUGCUGACUACCCCAAUGAUGUUGCAACACAGUUUGUUGAUAUUUUGUGUGUGAACCGCUACUACGGCUGGUAUACUGACACAGGCCAUACAGAGGUCAUACAGCUACAACUCAGUGCAGAUUUAGAGGGCUGGCGAUCUGUUCACCAGAAACCCAUCAUCAUUACUGAAUAUGGUGCUGGCACUGUGUCUGGCUUACAUGAGUAUCCUGAAUUCGUCUUCACAGAAGAGUACCAAAACACAUUUAUAUCUGAGUAUCAUAAGACUUUUGACAAGUACCGUACCCAGUUCUUGGUCGGGGAGAUGGUUUGGAGUUUUACAGACUUCAUGACACAACAGGAGGUCAGACGUGUGGUUGGAAACAAAAAAGGUGUGUUGACACGUCAACGUCAGCCAAAAGCUGCUGGUCAUUUGCUGCGAGCACGUUACCUCUCCUUGUCCAACAGCACUACUCUCUAUUUUCAGUCCCACUAGGUUUACUAGGUCUUUGCACAGGGUGCCAGUGUCUACUUUAAACUGUGAUUUCUCAACGCAUCAUGGGGAGUUAUUCUUCUUUUCUAGGCAUUAUUGUUAAUGACACUCUUUGCAUGACUAAGAAAUCUAAAAAAUUUAUUAUAAAGUCUUGUAUUUUUAUAACUUCAUUUUUAUUUUAUAUAAAACGAACUGAAAACAUUUGAGAGGUGGGUUAAAGCCAUGCACAUUCAUAUUGUGUGUAAGAGGCUGUCCCUUGUCAUAAAGGCCAAAACAUUUCUGCCAAUUACUCCGAUUUAGUUGAUCAUAUAAUUCCACUUCUUUAUUGCAGCUUAAAUUUGACAACGGACAUAAGAACUUGACAUUUUAUAUUUCCUAUAAUUUACCCCGGUACCCUUUUAUUCCAUCAGAUUAAAUAGGCCAAACUUCUGUUUUCUAGCAUGACUUAUUUUGCACAUACAAUUGACAUAGUUUUUAAAAACCAUUUUUGUGAUGCACUUUUGUUGUCUUAAGCUGGGUGAAGAUAUAUAGUUAAAUGCACCUUUCUAUACAUGCUUCCAUUAAAUUCACUUGUCAUAUAUUUUCCCAAGUCCCUUUUUUAUUCAGUAGGCACAAAUACAUGUCACGUAUUUUAUUUACGUGCAAGUUGGAACAAAACAUUACUCAUUUUUGUGGGAAACCACAAACUGCAAAAUUUUCUAAGAGAAUACUAGGUAUAUAUAAAGUUAAUAAGGAAGAAACCCUAAAUCCUUUUUACAAAAACUUUCCAAUACUUCCUAUUUAGAAAAUUUGACUCUCACUGUCAGAACUAAAACAAAUAAGAUUUUAAUUUCUGGGAUAAACAGUUGUUAUUUGACUCAUCUUUCAGAGAAUAUGAUUCUUAUGAAAAAAUCUUUUUAGAUUAUUUAAGGGCUUAAAAUUUUUAAAUGAUGCUUGUUGUUGUACAUGUUUGAGAUUUAUGACAUUCAGAAUAGCAGUUGCAAAUUUAGCCAAAGAUGAGUUUAUUUUUGUAUUGUUUUAAACAGAGAUGCCUAAUGCUUUGAUGAUUUGUUGCAACAUUUUGUACAAUUCUAAAGUACAUUUCCAAUGUUAUGAGGGUAUUAAUACAGAAGGUAAGUGCAAUUUCCAAACUUUUUUACUGCUGAGUCUUCAUUGCAUAUCAAUGGCAGUUAAUAAAAUUUAAAUUAUUAUCAGUCUGCCA